AUGUCCACCGGCUGCUUGAAGGAGGGCGUUGCUCUUCUCUGUGAUGUCACCGCAAGCCUGGGACCCAAGCGCGACAAGACGACCCACCGCAGUGAGAAGCCCACCCACCGCUACCCACAGCUAGAGGAGGCCGGAGCCCUGCAGGGAGAGCCAGCCAAGGCCCUGCAGAGCCGGUGCCGAAGACAACGCCUCUGGAGGAGGGAGAAGGCUCCAGCGCGGCAACGCCAGGACGAGAUUUGCCUCCUUGUCUCGCUGUCUUGUCUCGGGAAGGCGCUGACUGUAGGCAGGAUGACUCAUUUCUUUGUCAUCCUCUUGCCCUACUCGGCCCAUCCAGCUGUUCCCAUCGCUUCCGUGCAGCGAGGAUGGAACGUCCCAUGCUCCGCGCGCCUUGCCUGUCACCAGUGGCCCAGAAGGUCACUGGGGCAGAGCGGCUCCCCCGCCUCUGGCUCCUUGUUUUCUCACCGUUGCUCUAAAGGAGGCUUGUGGCCAUGUGAGAGGACAGCAUCUCUAACGGCAAAGGAGCCCGAGCCAGCGCUGGGGUCCAAGUCCUGGGCGCUCCGAACCAAGCGGGGCCCUUCCGAUGCUUGGGAUGAAGACUUUAAGGGACAUCCCGAGGAAAUAACGAACGCCAUGAAGACAGAGUUCCUGUGCAUGCUGCUGCUCUGCGGAGCCGUCUUCACGUCGCCCAGUCAGGAAACCUACAGACAACUCAGGAGAGGCGCCAGAUCGUACAGAGUGACCUGCAGAGAUGAAAAAAUGCAGAUGACGUACCUCCAGCAUGAGUCCUGGCUGCGACCCCUGCUCAGGAGCAAUCAGGUGGAGCACUGCUGGUGCAACGGCGGCCGGGCCCAGUGCCACUCGGUGCCCGUCAGAAGUUGCAGUGAACCUUGGUGUUUCAACGGGGGGACGUGUCGGCAGGCCGUCUAUUCUUCAGACUUUGUCUGCCAGUGCCCAGAAGGGUUCAUGGGGAAGCGCUGUGAAAUAGACACCACUGCCACGUGCUAUAAGGACCAGGGUGUCGCCUACAGAGGCACGUGGAGCACAGCAGAGAGCGGGGCUGAGUGCGCCAACUGGAACAGCAGCGGCCUGGCCAUGAAGCCUUACAGCGGGCGCAGGCCCGACGCCGUCAGGCUGGGCCUUGGGAACCACAACUACUGCAGAAACCCGGACCAAGACUCAAAGCCCUGGUGCUACAUCUUCAAGGCAGGGAAAUACGUCUCUGAGUUCUGCAGCACUCCAGCCUGUGCUAAGGAAGAAGAUGGGGACUGCUACACUGGAAACGGGCUGGCAUACCGCGGCACCCGCAGCCGCACCAAGUCUGGGGCCUCCUGCCUCCCGUGGAAUUCCAUGUUCCUAACGAGCAAGAUUUACACUGCCUGGAAGAGCAACGCGCGGGCCCUGGGCCUGGGGAAGCACAACCACUGCAGGAAUCCCGAUGGGGACGCCCAGCCCUGGUGCCACGUGUGGAAGGACCGCCAGCUGACCUGGGAGUACUGUGACGUGCCCCAGUGCGUCACCUGUGGCCUGAGACAGUACAAGCGGCCCCAGUUCCGCAUCAAAGGAGGCCUCUUCGCCGACAUCACCUCCCACCCCUGGCAGGCCGCGAUCUUCGUCAAGAACAGGCGGUCCCCGGGAGAGCGGUUUCUGUGUGGGGGGAUCCUGAUCAGCUCCUGCUGGGUGCUGUCGGCCGCCCACUGCUUCCAGGAGAGGUACCCGACUCACCAUCUCAAGGUGGUCCUGGGCAGGACAUACCGGCUCGUCCCUGGAGAGGAGGAGCAGAUGUUUGAAGUAGAAAAAUACAUCAUCCACAAGGAAUUUGAUGAUGACACUUACGACAAUGACAUCGCGCUGCUGCACCUGAAAUCGGACUCGCUGACCUGCGCCCGGGAGAGCAGCUCCGUCCGCACCAUCUGCCUCCCAGACGCCAGCCUGCAGCUGCCCGACUGGACGGAGUGCGAGCUGUCCGGCUAUGGGAAACACGAGGCCUGGUCUCCUUUCUUUUCGGAGCGGCUAAAGGAGGCUCAUGUCCGGCUGUACCCAGCCAGCCGCUGCACUUCCCGCCACUUGUUUAAUAGGACCGUGACCAACAACAUGUUGUGUGCCGGAGACACACGGAGCGGUGGGGACCACACAAACCUGCACGAUGCCUGCCAGGGUGACUCGGGCGGCCCCCUGGUGUGUAUGAAGGACAGCCACAUGACCUUGGUCGGCAUCAUCAGCUGGGGCCUGGGCUGCGGGCAGAAGGACAUCCCUGGGGUGUACACCAAGGUGACUAACUACCUGGACUGGAUUCGAGACAACACGCGACCGUGA